ACAUCCACUCUCAUCACCCACCGGCCACCACCCUUCGCCUUCGCCGGCUCAUUUUCCUUCCGCUUCUCAUCCUGCUGCGCUGUUACAAAGUAGUCGUUGUCUGAACGGUUGAUGAUGCCUGGUCAGGUGGCGGAGGAAGAGGUCGUUGCUUCCUUGGUGGAGGAGCAGAAGCUUCAGUCCGAUGAACCUAUAGUUGAAGACGUCAAGGACGAAGAAGAUGAUGACGAUGAUGAAGACGAUGACAAGGAUGAAGGGGUGCGGCUCCAGAACAUUUGUGAUAAGCUUCAUGUAGCAGGUGAGCAGGGUGGUGCUGGUACAAAUGAGACCUCUAAGCAGAGCCGAAGUGAGAAAAAGAGUCGGAAGGCAAUGCUGAAGCUGGGCAUGAAACCUGUUACUGGUGUUAGCAGAGUGACCAUCAAGAGAACAAAGAAUAUCCUUUUUGUUAUCUCAAAGCCCGAUACUUUCAGGAGUCCAACAUCAGAUACGUAUAUCAUCUUUGGUGAAGCAAAGAUUGAGGACUUGAGUUCUCAGCUGCAAACACAGGCAGCACAACAGUUCAGGGUUCCAGAUAUCAGUAGUGUGAUAACAAAGCCAGAGAUGUCUCCAGGAGCUGAAGCUGAUGAAGAGGAAGAUGUUGAUGAAACUGGAGUUGAACCUCGAGAUAUUGAUCUGGUCAUGACACAGGCUGGAGUGUCAAGAGGGAAGGCUGUUAAUGCUCUCAAGACUGCCAAUGGAGAUAUAGUCACUGCUAUAAUGGAGCUUACUGCAUAGCAAGACCAAUCUUUUUUUUGUUUGUCUUUCAAUCCUUUUUGAUGCAGAUAGUUUCUGUGUUUUUGUCCUUUCUUGGGGAACAGUUGCUAUUUUAACUGUUGGAGCCUGAGUUGUACUUCAACUUCUGCGACAUUCUUUAUCUUUGAAUUUUUCUUUCCUUGUUGAAAUUACAUUUCCUGUGAAAUGAUUUCAACUUUUCCUUUUCUUGCAUUAAAGAGAUUUUUUUAUUGGUAUUUUGAUUA